AUGGCUUCGGCGGCAGCCGGGCAGAUAAACACCGAAGAGUUACCUUCAUGGGGGUCUCGAAGCGUCGACUGUUUUGAGAAACUCGAGCAAAUUGGCGAAGGCACUUAUGGUCAAGUGUUCAUGGCCAGAGAAACCCAAACUGGGGAAAUUGUUGCUUUGAAAAAGAUACGCAUGGAUAAUGAAAAAGAAGGGUUCCCAAUUACAGCAAUCCGGGAAAUUAAAAUUCUGAAAAAGCUUCAUCAUGAAAAUGUCGUUAAGCUGAAAGAGAUUGUAACUUCUACAGGUCCUGAAAGGGAUGAGCAAGGGAAUCAAGAUGGUAAUAAGUCCAAGGGUGGUAUCUAUAUGGUUUUUGAGUAUAUGGAUCACGAUUUGACAGGCCUUGCUGAUCGUCCUGGACUGAGAUUUACAGUUCCCCAGAUAAAGUGUUAUAUGAAGCAGCUAUUGACUGGGCUACAUUACUGUCAUGCUAAUCAAGUACUUCAUCGUGACAUCAAAGGUUCUAAUCUUUUGAUAGAUAAUGAGGGGAAGUUGAAGCUAGCAGACUUUGGGCUUGCAAGGUCCUUUUGUAGUAACCAUGAGGGAAAUCUUACAAAUCGUGUCAUUACUUUGUGGUAUAGGCCCCCAGAGUUGCUGCUUGGAGCCACCAAGUAUGGUCCAGCUGUUGACAUUUGGUCUGUUGGUUGCAUCUUUGCUGAACUUCUGCAUGGAAAACCAAUUUUGCAAGGAAGAAGUGAACCUGACCAACUGAACAAAAUAUUUGAGCUCUGUGGAUCGCCUGAUGAGAUCAACUGGCCUGAUGUGUCAAAAAGUCCUUGGUAUAAUAACUUCAAGCCAACAAGGACCAUGAAAAGACGAGUCAGGGAAAUUUUCAGACAUUUUGACUCCCAUGCUUUGGAUCUAUUGGACCACUUGUUAGCUCUUGAUCCAAAUCAGAGAUGGACUGCGAAGCAAGCACUGGAUGCAGAGUAUUUCUGGGCUGACCCUUUACCCUGUGAUCCGAAGAGCCUACCUAAGUAUGAAUCAUCACACGAAUUCCAAACAAAGAAAAAGAAGCAGCAGCGGCGACAAACUGAAGAAAUAACAAAGGGAUCAAAGUCACAACAUUAUCAUAAGCAUUAUCGCCUGCCUCCCAUUCAACAUACAGGGCAAGCUCCUCCACAGUGGUACGGGCCCAAUCAUCCAAUAAACGAUGCUCAGCCCCCAUUAUCAGCUGGACCAAGUCACCACCACUACGGAAAACCACACGGUCCUCCUGGAGGUCCAAGCAGGUACCCUCCGGGAAACCAGGGUGGACCUUACCACCUAAAUCGCGGAGGUCAAGUUGGAGGUUACAGUGGUGGACCAUAUCCACCCCAAGGACGAGCUCCACCAUAUGCUGGGAGUGGCAUGGCGGCCCCUAGCUCUAGAGGAGCCCCUGGUGGUUAUGGAGUCGGUCCUCCCAACUACUCCCAGACUAAUCAAUAUGGAAUUCCUGCUGCUGGUAGGGGUGUUAAUAUCCGAAAUCAACAGUAUGGUCGGCAGUAG